UGGUUGAAGAUGGUCUUAUACGACCUGAUCUGCCGGAUACAGCCAACAACGUUGAAAACGGGUGAUGCCGCGCCGGGGACUCUGGCUAUAGGGAGUAGCGACGACCUUAGCUAGCAAUAGCAGCCAGCAGGAACUGUAGAUUGCUGCUGGGCAACAGACUGAGAGUUGCUUGCGCUGCGGCAGCGGAGAAGAGAGAUGAUUGCUGUUCGAUGGGCGGCGCUGCUGGUCGCGCUGGUGGUGGCGUGCGGCAGCGCUGCUGCAGGUGCAGCGGCGGGGGAAGGACCUAACUGGCUGGGCGGGCUGAGCCGGGCGGCGUUCCCCAAGGACUUCGUGUUCGGGACCGCGACGUCGGCGUACCAGGUCGAGGGCGCCGCGUCCACCAACGGCCGAGGCCCCUCCACCUGGGACGCGUUCGUGCACACCCCAGGAAACAUUGUAUACAAUCAGACGGCAGAUGUCGCAGUGGAUCAAUAUCAUCGCUACAGGGAAGAUGUCGACCUCAUGAAAAGUUUGAAUUUUGAUGCCUACCGGUUUUCAAUCUCAUGGUCCAGGAUCUUCCCAGAUGGCGAGGGAAGAGUCAAUCCAGAAGGUGUUGCCUAUUACAACAAUCUGAUAAACUACCUGCUUCGGAAAGGCAUUACACCGUACGCCAAUCUUUACCAUUCCGAUCUCCCUCUUGCGCUUCAGAACAAGUAUGGAGGGUGGUUAAAUGCCAAGAUGGCGAAACUGUUCACAGACUAUGCCGACUUCUGUUUUAAGACUUUUGGCGACCGUGUAAAGCAUUGGUUUACAUUCAAUGAGCCAAGGAUAGUAGCACUACUUGGUUAUGACGCUGGGUCGAUUCCUCCUCAAAGGUGUACCAAAUGCUCUGCUGGUGGGAAUUCAGCAACGGAACCUUAUAUCGUUGCUCAUAAUUUUCUCUUGUCACAUGCUGCUGCUGUGUCAAGAUACCGUAACAAGUAUCAGGCUGCUCAGAAAGGAAAGGUUGGAAUAGUUCUGGACUUCAAUUGGUAUGAAGCUCUCACAAACUCAACCGAAGACCAAGCAGCGGCUCAAAGAGCAAGGGAUUUCCAUGUUGGUUGGUUUGCUGAUCCAUUAAUAAAUGGACAUUAUCCACAGAUAAUGCAAGAUAUUGUGAAAGAGAGGCUGCCCAAGUUUACUCCGGAGCAAGCUAAGUUGGUCAAGGGCUCAGCGGAUUACAUUGGGAUCAAUCAAUACACCGCUAGCUACGUGAAGGGCCAGAAACUGCUCCAGCAGAAGCCUACUAGCUACUCAGCUGAUUGGCAGGUUCAAUAUGUUUUAGAACGGAACGGCAAACCGAUCGGACCACAGGCGAAUUCAAAGUGGCUUUACAUCGUCCCAGAAGGGAUGUACGGUUGUGUGAACUAUCUGAAGCACAAGUAUGGAAAUCCAACAGUUUUCAUAACCGAGAACGGAAUGGAUCAGCCAGGAAACUUGACUCGUGGCCAGUACCUGCACGACACCACAAGGGUGCAAUUCUACAAAGGCUACCUCGCUGAGCUGAGGAAAGCCAUCGAUGACGGCGCCGACGUGGCUGGCUACUUCGCUUGGUCUCUCCUCGACAACUUCGAGUGGCAGUCAGGUUACACGUCCAAGUUUGGAAUCGUCUACGUCGACUUCAGCACGCCCAAGCUCGAACGACACCCCAAGGCGUCAGCCUACUGGUUCAGAGACAUGCUCCAGAAACACUUAUGAGCGUCUAACAACCAAGCCUGAAAUAGGUACCAUUAAAUUUCUUCAGCGUUGCCUAAGCUAGUGGCCAUAUUAUUGUAGCAAAAGUUGUAAGCUAGCACAGUGCAAGGGUAUCAAAAAUUAUAAACGGGCAAUGAAUUUGUAUGUUCCAUGCUAAUUGCAUUUUACCAUCGGUCUUGAAAAUUAUCUAGCGAGUUGUCAUCUA